CUGCAGGGGAACAGGAUCGCUGGCGCCUCCGCGGCCGCUAAACGACCCCGGGCGCCCGACCCAGCGAGUGCUUCGCAGGACCGCCCAGCGAGGGGUAGCCGAGUCGGGGCAGCGCGGUUCCCAAGGCAGCCACGGCUGCGCCCACCCUCCAGUUCGGCCCUCCGGGCAGCCGCGGUGGCUUUCAGUCUCUGCCCACCGAAACAAAAGGGCGUGAGAGCGUGACGAGCCGGGCAGCGCGGCCAAUCAGUGGGGCGAAGGGAAGGCCUCCUCGCGCAGCCUCCGGCCGGGAGCUGCUGCUGGCUAGAGUAGCGAGCUGGGAGCCGGCGGGCGGGGGCUGCUGCAGACAGGCGCGGGAGCCGGCGCGGCGUCAAGUGCAGGUCGGACGCGCGGACCGGGCCCAUUUCCCUUUCACCCUCUAUCUUCUAGUCAAGAUGAGUGAUAAACCAGACUUGUCAGAAGUGGAGAAGUUUGACAGGUCAAAACUGAAGAAAACUAAUACUGAAGAAAAAAAUACUCUUCCCUCAAAGGAAACUAUCCAGCAGGAGAAAGACUGUGUCCGAACAUCCUAAAAUGGGGAUCUCCUCUCAAGAGCAGAUUUCAACAUUUCCUGGCGGUCUUGGUUUUAGGCUUGUUUUUUUUUUUUUGAUAAACCUAUGUGUUUGCAGAGAUCUCAGGCAUCUUCUGAUUUCUUCUCACCUAUAUUUCCUGGCUAAGAGGUCUGGGGUAGUGAAUGUUUCCGUAAGUUCCUUUCUAAACUUCCCAUUGGUAUGUAAACUCCACAUGGCAGAUGCCGUCAAUAAUCUUGCCAUUGAUGACAGUUGUAUGUGUAGUCCUUCCACCUCAUACAGGAUAAGCCAAUUUUAACCUUCUACAAUGGGUGCCUCAAUUGUUUCAUAAUCUUCAUGAAGUUGCAUCCUUUGGCAACAUCUUACAGUUUAUUUUCACCUCCAAUGUAGCAAUAAAAUAAGAAAUAUAAUCAUU